UGCGCCGCCAAUGUAACUUCCUACCUUUCGUCGACCAAAUCGCAAACUCUCCGACAAAGCACUUCAACAGACUCGAAAACAAUCAUGCGCAUAGCAGUAGCUCCAUAACAACAGUCGAAUACCCGAAUCUUCCUCCGUCGGCUGCUCGACAACAGCCGCGGCGCUCUCGCUGUGGCCCGAUCCCCAGAAAAUGACACCUCCGCAGGCCGUUUUCCACGCGCUCCUGCGGCCUGCUAUAAUCCAAAUCCUGCGCGCGACUGGCUUCCACUCCGCCAAACCAGCCGUGAUCGACAGCCUCACAGACCUCGCAGCCAGGUACCUCAACAUGCUGUGCGAGGAAACAGCGCGCAACGCGAGUGACAACACCGGCGAGUUCGACUACAAUGGUGUCGCGGCGCCAACCAUCGUGGAUGUACGGCUCGCGCUGCAGAACGCUGGUGCCUUCUUACCCGAGCGAGAUUUCGAGGAGCAAGACUACACAGGCAAGGAGGACACGAGAGGCGUGGACGAAUUCGUGGCGUGGGCGACAGGCCCCAAGAAUGAGAACAUCAGGAGGAUCGCGCUGGAUGGGAGCGAGGAGGGCGUCACGGACUACCUCAGCGCCCUGAAGAAGAGACACAGCAAGACGGCCGACGACUCGAGAUACGCUGGCACGCUACUAGGGAAGCCGCACGGCUCAGGUCUGGUCGUGGUCGAGGGCCACAGCGAGAUCGACAGCAUCCGGAGCUGGGUUGAGAGGCAACGUGGGCCAAUCAAGACAUCGCCCGACACAGACACCGAGUCCAGGCCUGCAUCCAGUGGGCUCAGUUCCAUCGGCACGAUGGAUGGGGAAAUGGACCUGUCAUAGGGGAUGAAGCAUUUGCCCGGACGAAGUCAAUCAACGGAAACUCUGGGCCACAUGGAAUCAUUAGCAGAGGAAAGCGAGGAUCACGUCAAAUUAGAGGAUGAUGAAAGUUGAGCUCUAUACGGAAGCCACGGAAGCUCGACUCUUUAAGACGAUGAGAGUAACAGGGGUGUUCACCGGACAAUGAAGCCAACUACUCGGCGUUUCGGGAACGUUGACUCAUAGGCAACAGAUGACUCUGUAUCUGGAACCCUCUAGGAAAAGGACACUACAAUGAGAUGCCCAAUCUGUUGAAGCCCACUCUAUGGUGGAUGUCAUACAUGGCACGAUACUGUGGCUUUCGCACAACGACAACGGGUGUCUGCAAUCAGGUGGCAUCGGGAAUUUCAAGAAGCAAUAUGCACCGCGCUGAAGCUUCGGCGCAUCAGGCACACAGAGGGAUUCAUGGCAAGCUUACUGUCUUCUGUGCGACGCUCGAGCUGUUCCCAGACACACAAAGACAUUGGAUAACUCUAGUUUGUGUGGUCACAAAGGCCGGUUGUGCUACGCUCCCGAGGGCGAUGGACAAUAUGUCAUAUUCGAGACGGCGAACAUAUCAAAAUACAUUAAUUAAUAAUUGCCAAAGAGUUGACAAGUUGGGCGAACACCAUCCGCAGUGCUGAACACGCGUGUGUAGGCUCGGGGACAAGGCUUUCCUGAUGAAAUCUACCUGCGUUUUACCA